UGGCCGGAAGUACAAAGUGUUUCCGGGUCAUAGCUAAAUCGUAUUUUUCACAUUACAGUUUAAUCGACUGUUUAUUCACAUUUGUGUAAACUUCACGGCGUGGAAUAAUGCAGCUAUGCAAAGUGUGCAGCGAGCAGACACCAAAAUACAAAUGUCCAGCCUGCGAAAUAAGAUAUUGCUCUCUUCCCUGUUACAAGCGGCAUAAAGAUUUGUGCCUUCCUGUUGAGAAGCUUCCACCCAAUGCAGCAAAGGAUGCAGUCUGUACUGUUGCAGACACAUGGAGCAUUGAGGAUCUUCUGCACAAAGAGGACAUUGCCGAUGUUGUACCUCUAGAGAACCUUCAGUUAUUGGGUCAGUCAAAAGAACUUAAAGAUCUUCUUUGUAAUCCUCACCUGAGGGAGCUAUUAAGGGCCAUUGACAGUGCAAACAACAAGGAAGAAGCAAUGAAGGCAGCUAUGCAGGAGCCUUUAUUUGUAGAGUUUUCGGAUCAAUGUUUGAAGGUUGUAGAAAAAGAAGAUCCGUGACAAGAUAGACUUGUGAACUGAAGUGAAUUUUUGAUUUACUUUUACUAAAAAUGUAAAAAAUAAUCAUGGUAGAUGCUGCACUAAGACAUUCAUAUUGAAGUGUGAAGACAUACUGUAUAGACAUGCAUAUGUACAAUAUGUAGCUUUAAAAACAUGAUUUAUUUUGUAUAAAGCACUCAAAUAACAAUACUGUACAUUUUUUUUGUAAAUUAUAUGCCAUUAACACAGCUAGAAAAAGACAAAAUCAUUCUUUAUUCAUGAUCAUAUAUCAUUACUUUUCUAUAAAGCAUGCUCACUUUUAGUGAAAAACAUUCCAGAUUGAUGAAAAUUGUAAAAAUCCCCUCAUCCCUGAUUUUCACUGGUGUGUAUCUUUUAGCAGCAGUUUGGAUAAAUCAUGUUUAUUUCUCCCUGA